UAGAUGGUGCCGGUCUCGCAUACCGGCGGGGCAUAUCUCUUCGAUAUGUUGGGCAUUGGUUUUCUUAAAAGUUCGUUUAAUUUUUUAAAGACGAGAACUAUGAAAUUGGGACCACAUCAGAAAAUAGCUAUUGGAUGGUAGGGUUAUAAUAGUUUCCCUAGGACUAUAUAGCUUUGCACUAUCAAGAAAAUCUAUAGAAUCUAAAAGGUACGAGAGUAUGAAAGCAAGGCAGCGUAUGCGGACGGCUUUAACCAAAGACGAAUAAAUUAUUUAAAAUAUUUUAUAUUGUUUGUCUGUUCAAUUGACAAAGAAAAUAUGACAACCCUACCGCAACUAGACGAAGAAAAAUUAAAAUUGGUACAGGAUUUGGAAAUAGAAAUGAUGUCUGAUAUGUACAAUCGUAUGACAUCUGCAUGCCAUAGAAAAUGUAUUCCACCAAAAUAUAUUGAACCAGAAUUGGGAAAAGGAGAAUCAAUCUGUUUAGAUCGUUGUGUAGCAAAAUAUUUGGAUGUUCACGAACGUAUAGGAAAGAAGCUCACACAAAUUUCCAUGCAAGAAGAUAAUUUUAUGAAAAACAAAGUAGCGGAACAACCAAAGACAAGUUAAAUUACGUAUCACGUACUUUUCGCAGAAUGACGGUGCUAUAAUUGUUUACAAUUUUUAUUGAAUUUUUUUACUCUUCUGGAUACAAAUGGACAGUGCGUUGUCAUACUUUACUCUUGUUUAUGUCUGACCAUUAAGUUAUUGUAGUUCAUGGAUAUUAGGAUAGAGACGAUAAAAGUAAUACUGUGUAAUUUAAUUACCAAAUUGUUGAAAUAAAGUUAUACUUUAGAAAUAUUGA